AUGCCUUUGAAUGUGUUUCAAGAUAAAGAUGGAUUGCCGAGGAUUGUAUUGACUGAUCCAAAUGGUUCUUCAGCUGAGGUGUUUCUCUAUGGAGGCCAGAUUGUUUCUUGGAAGAAUCAAAGGAAAGAAGAACUGCUUUUUGUGAGCAGCAAGGCUAAAUGGAAACAGCAUAAAGCAAUUAGAGGAGGUAUAUCAGCUUGCUUUGCAAUGUUUGGUGAAGUUGGUUCGCUUGAGCAACAUGGAAUGACAAGAAACAGAAUGUGGUCAUUGGAUAGAGAUCCUUCACCAUUACCUCCAAUAGACAAUCAUUCAUCUGUGGAUUUGAUAUUAAAGUCAACAGGAGUUGACUUAAAGAAACCACAUAGUUUUGAGUUGAGGCUUCGCAUAUCUCUGAGUGCUGGCAAGCUCAUUCUGAUUCCUAGAGUCAGAAACACAGACAACAAACCAUUUUCUUUUGCAUUUUCACUAUGCAACUAUUUAUCUGUAUCAGAUAUAAGUGAAGUUCGUAUUGAGGGAUUGGAGACACUUGAUUAUUUUGAUAAUCUGGUGAACAGAUCAAGGUUCACUGAACAGGCUGAUGCAAUUACAUUUGAUGGAGAGACGGACAGGGUAUACUUGAGCAGCCCGAAUAAAAUCGCCAUAAUAGAUCAUGAGAAGAAAAGAACCAUUGUACUCCAAAAGAAUGCACUUCCAGAUGCAGUGGUAUGGAAUCCAUGGAAUAAAAAGGCCAAGGCUCUACCCGAUUUGGGAGAUGAAGAUUACAAGAUGAUGUUAUGUGUGAACUCAGCAGCUAUUGAUGUUCCUAUUUUCUUGAAGCCAUGUGAAGAGUGGAAGGGCUAUCAAGAACUCUCUACUGUUUCAUCAAGCUAUUGCAGUGGACAAUUGGAUCCUCGCAGAGUUCUUUAUGGCUUUCAUUGA